UUUACGUUAUUUUUUACAAAAUUAUUAUUUGUUUGAGAAAAGGCCAAUGGUUAUCAGUUGUUUUUUCGUGGUACUUGGUGGUACUAAUUUGAGCACAAGAAUUUUGCAAGAGGAGGAGGAGUUUUUGGGGAGUUGAAAACUUGUGACAAGUCCAAAGAAUCAACAAAUGUUAAGAUGGUUCGAUAUGCAGUGCUUAAAGGACUUUAUGAACUCGAUAAGACAAUUGGUUGUGGUGGUUUCGCCAAAGUUAAACUCGCUACACAUAUUGCAACUGGAGAAAAGGUAGCCGUUAAAAUAAUGGAAAAAUCAGCACUGGGUGAUGACUUGCCAAGGGUUAAGCUUGAAGUUGAUGCCUUGAAGACAUUGGUUCAUCAACAUAUUUGCAGACUUUAUCAAACUAUUGAGACGGAGAGUCAUUAUUUCAUGGUCAUGGAGUAUUGUUCAGGUGGUGAACUUUUUGAUCACAUUGUUGAAAAAAACCGAUUGUCUGAAACUGAGUCUCGAAAGUUUUUCCGACAGAUUGUAUCAGCAGUUGCAUAUCUUCAUAGUUUAGGUUUCGCCCAUAGAGAUCUAAAACCAGAAAAUAUUCUACUGGACAAAGAUCAAAAUUUGAAAUUGAUAGACUUCGGACUCUGCGCCAAACCCAAAGGUGGUAUGCAGGCUCACUUAUAUACAUCUUGUGGAUCUCCAACUUAUGCAGCUCCAGAAUUAAUUGUUGGCAAAAAAUAUUUAGGAUCAGAAGUUGAUAUUUGGAGUAUGGGAGUGUUAUUGUAUGCACUUUUGUGCGGUUUUCUUCCAUUUGAUGAUAACAGCAUUGAAAGUUUGUAUAGAAAAAUCCUUAGCGGUAAAUAUGAUGAACCCAGUUGGUUAUCAAACGGUAGCAGGAGAUUAAUACGUGCAAUGCUGCAAAUUGAUCCGAAAAAAAGAAUUACAAUUGAGGAACUCUGCAGCCACCCUUGGGUAACAGCUGGCUUUUUAACUCCGGUGACUGUUGUCAAAAAAACCAAUUUGGAACGAAACGAUGAGGUUUUGAACACAAUGUCAGCCAUCUGUGCUGAAUCAGCGGGAGAUGUAUGGAAAGCCCUGUCGAAAAGUACAAGGACAGAUUACACAACUGCUACGUAUCUUUUGCUGCUUGAUCGAAAACUAAGAGGAUUGUCAUUGCGCAUUUCGAGUGCUUCCAGGCCUCAUUUCCGACGUCAACCCGAUGGAGAAUACUUGGGCGCACAGAUGGUACCUUCAUUAAAUAAUUUUAUAACUCAAUUGGAUCAAUCACCGAGCAAUAAAGAGCCUAGGAAAUCUCCUAAUAAUGGCAAAACAUACAAUGUUUUAUCUCAGACCCCAGAAUCUGAGAAAGAUCCACUUAAGAGUUUCAUGGAGCCACCCGCACCCGGACGAAAAAGGCUUCGUUCCAGAGAAGAGGACGAUUCAUCUUCACCCGUUCCUGUGAAAAGAGCUGGUGAUCACAAGGGAGCCGUAACACCGUCAACUCCUGUCCCAUCAAAUUCCAAGGAAAUACAAUCAACGCCUGGUAGUGCUAAAAAAGUAAUAAUGGGCUUGGAAAGAGGAUUGAAUAAAAUGAGAUGUGUACUGACACCAAAACGACGUAUAAAGAAUGAAGAAAAUAAUAAUCCAGAUCAACCGAUUGUAUUAUCGGGGAAAGGUCUUUGCAAUAUUUCGUCUACGUCUAGUGAUUCUCCAGAAUAUGUAUUGCAACAGCUUCGACGUGCCCUGCAGAGAAAAGGAAUUUUUUGUCGACAAAAAGGUUUUACUCUGAUAGGAGGAACAGAAAGUGAUGAUACAGAGAAUGUGAAAGAUGUUGCUGCUGUUGCUGUUAGACCGUUCGCUUCGAGGAAAGCAUGUCGAUUUCAAUUGGAAGUAUGCCUAUUGGAAGGAGUUUGUGAUGGAAAACUAUUAGUCGGAAUACGCAGAAAAAGGCUAAAAGGAGAUGCCUGGGUUUAUAAACGUGUUUGUGAACAAGUUUUAGCCCUUGCUGCUGAGCACCCACCAUCCAAUUCAAACGAACAAACCAAUUCAAAUUGUUUAAUUUAAUAAUUCAAUGACUCUCGUCUGUGUAACUUAUUGUCCAUGCAUUCCAUGUUUUUCACCAUGUGCCCAAGAGAGGAAGAAAAUGAUACUUGAAAUAAAUUUUUUUAUUGUCUUUA